UUUCCCCCUUUUUUUGUUUCAAAUGGGAAAAGAGUUUAUAUGUUUUUUGUUGAUAGAAAAAUUGGGAUUCGAGGUUCCAACUCUGGUGCAAGCUCAAGCCAUUCCUGUUAUUCUCGCUGGCCGUCAUGCACUUAUUAAUGCUGCCACAGGCACAGGGAAGACAGUUGCCUACUUAGCUCCACUUAUUCAUCACUUGCAGAAUUAUGAUACUUGCAUACAACGCUCUGAUGGAACAUUUGACAUGUUGAGAGAUUUUAAAGCUACACUACAUCAAUAGCUCUCCUUUGGAUUGUUUUUGCUCUUAUAUGGA